AAUGUGGCGGAGGACAAUAAAGGCAAUUCAUGGCCUGCAUCGUCGCAGAGCUCUGCGGUUACCGCCACGCACCUGUUCCCGAGCCGCACAGUGUCAUAUGGGGGCUCGAUUGUCUCGCAGGACAGCUUGGGUGGAUCGCCGGCGCCAUCCAUAUCUGGAUGCUACAGCGGCGUGCCUUCAGUUGCUGACACCAACGUCGCGUCGACCAUGCGGCCCUUCUCACCUUCAUAUUCUCUCAGUCCCUCUACGAGCUCCUCCAUGCAUUGCCCACGACGGCGUCGCCGCCGUCCGCCGUCCUAUGACAAGAACCCGUUGUGGGAGAUCUCAACACCAUAUCCGAACCAGUUCCCCAUGCACUGCCGUGACGCUCGAGGCGUAAUUGACCCCGUGCCAUUGACCUCAAUGGUCCUGGACCGCCACAAGUUUUGCUACCGGUUUC